AUGACAACGGCGCUUGAUUCUAAAGCGAUGCAUGAAACACAAGAAAGUUGGUAUGACGAUGACGAAACUUUUCAUGUUUCUCCCUUUUUUGACACUUUGCCGUUGGUUGCUCUUGAAGUUCCAACAAAAAAGAAAUUUGAAGCAAUUCUUGAAAGUUUCACGUCAUCAUCAAAGCAAUGGGGAAAAUUCAGCAACGAAAGCAAAAAGGAAAAGUUGCUUUAA